AUGCCCUCCACUCAUCUGACAACCCUGGUGCUCUCAUCACUUCCGUUCUACUACGUGGAGACUGUAACAUCCGUAGCCCUUUUUCUGGAGUUUUGGGGGUUGCGUCGGGCGACGCAAGCUAGAGGUUGUGGCGCGAGAGGGCGCGGUGCUAGAGGCCGUGGUGGCAGAGCUAGAGGCCGUGGAGGCCGGGGCCGAGAUUGUGGACUUCCGGCGGAUUCGAGAGAGAGUGUGGCGCCGAGUGUGGCGACUGCGUCGGUGACCCAGCCGGUAUCCGUGGCGAGUGAGCUAUUGACUCGAUUUUCGCCAGUGGUCUCACAUGGGGCUCCGGGACUACCUCCAGUGGCAGAGGUGCAGCAGAGGGCUGCGGGGUUUGUUCAGCCGCAGGCUGUGGGUUUGAUGGUGCCGCCUUAUUUGGAUAUGAUGGGGCACAUGCAGAGGAUUGGUACGCCGUACUUUUAG